AUGCUAUUGUCCGCUGAUCGUAAAAGGAUCGAAGUAUACAUCCGAACCCAGCGCCGGUUCCGGGUUGCCAGGCGCAACAAUGCCCCCCGUCGCCGCGCCGCCGGCGCAUCCCAAUCGACCCUUUCGUUCGGCACCCAGUCCCGCAUCACCAAGCCGACAAGUACCCCGACCACCCUCCACAAGGCCAAGAAGGCCGAUUCCCCAGCAGUAGUACCCUCUGAUCAAUCGGAAUGGGGCACCCCGGAGCCACAACAACUUUUGGCUGAUGCCGAACCCUCGAAACCCCAUGUGGCGGAGCUGGUGGUCCGGCAGCAGGCAGCCGUGGCCCGACAAGAGGUCCCAUCCUCGGCGGAAGAGCAGCGGGCUCUGCGGAUGAGCCAAAAAGACAUCCAGAGUUAUUGGGAACAACAGGAAAAGAGCCGGAAGGCCCCUCGAAGUGAGUGGAGAUUCUCGAAUAACUUCAAUUUCGCCGCAUCGGGCAAUCUGGCUGACAGCUUGAAUUAG